CCAGCCCGCCCUGCCCGGAGGAAGGACGAGCCAUGCCCCCUUCAGCGCCAGAUGCCCGGCCCCUCGCUGGCUGCCUGCUGUUGGUUCUGCUUAGUGUCUCCCCCUCCGUCCAAGCUCCAGCGGCAAAGAAGGAGGAGUCGCAAAUCACCUCCAUUCUGCAACCCCAGGUCUCCAUCGGGCAGAAGUUCGGGGUGCCCUGCGUGGGCACCACCAUCUACCCGGAGAGUGGCAUCAUGUACUGGCUGGCGAAUGGCACUUUUGUAGACCAGCUGUACCCAAACGGGACGGUGAAGGAGGAAGCCACCAUGGAGAAAGGCGACGUUCUGACCCGGGAGCUGAUCUUCUUCCAGUUCACGGCGCAGGACAUCAACACCAGAUUCGACUGCUUCAUGGUUGACCCCUCUGGCGUAUUUCAGAAGACCAUCAAGUGGCACCUCAAGGCUCAGAAGUUGAGCUCCCCAUGAACGCAACUGGACACGUCUUCACAGCUCCCUGAGAACUAGCAAGGCCAGGAAUGGGGUCACCAGCGGCUGCAAUCAAGUAGACCGCAACCAUGACGGCACCAAUUCCACCCACCCAUUUUUAAGAGGCUAAAGGUCAAGGAGUGGACACAGCAUGGAUGGACACUCGAUUCAGUUUUGCAUCUGUCUGAUCUUUCCUCCAAGGAUCCAGGAACUGAGGAAUCUGCCGAUCUAAAUCCUCAUUUGCUUAUUAGACCAGGGGGGGUCUCCAUAUAGGGCGACUAGAAGGCUUGCGGACUUCCAACUUCAAUUCUGGGAGUUGGUCCACAAGUCUUAAAAGUCACCCUAUUUGGAGGCCCCCCGGCUUAGAAAUUGGGGGAUAACGCUCAUCUAAACAAAAAGGCGAGCAAAAAUGGUUAUCGGGAAGAUUUUAAACGGAGGAUCCUCAUGCUCAACGCAGAACCCCUGGGCACCAAACCAAAGGCUCCCACAACCCAUUAUUCCCCGAACCCCCGAUUUGUGUAUUUGUAGGAGUGUAUUUUGCAGCAACCGUGGACGAAGAGUAAAUAACCAGGCUGAGAAGCCCUCAGCCCCAUUGUCGCCCACUCUCUUAAUCCUGGGUUUUUGUAGAGGGUUUUUUUUUGAAUUUUUUAAAAAAAUUUGCAGUGUUUGGAUAUCAUUUUUAGUGAUUUUUCUACUUGACUUUUUGGAAUCCGUAAGUUGCCCAAAGAUGCCUUUAUGUGGGUAGACGGACGGCAUAAUUUUUUUUUAAAUUGUUAAGCAAACGGCCAGGAUGAAGGUGCGACUGAGCUGGGAGGACCAGAUUCCUGGAAACCCUGCAGAAGGUUCAACCCCUGAGAUGUUUGUCUUGGCUUGUAGCGAAACACGAUUUAAUCCUGCUGCCCAAAAGAUCUGGACUGGCAACCCUGUUUUUAAUGCAAAGAAAGAAAAGUUAUGGAGACCUGAAAAGCCCAGAUUGUAAAGGGAGAAAGUUCUCCAUCCGUUUCUGUAAAAAUCUUUCCUCUCCAACCGAUAAAAACUUAAAAUUCCCCGGCUGCUUUUCACCCCCACCGAUUAAAAACCAGAAUUCUAAGUG